AUGAGUUCUUCAAGUACAGAGUCCCUUGAAGUCGAACCCUCAACCUUUUAUGACUAUUACGAUAGUUAUUACGAUGCUCCAAAACUAUGCAGUAAAGAAGGCGUCAGGAGGUUCGCAGCCUCCUUCCUACCCGUUCUGUAUUCCCUGGUAUUCCUGGUUGGGCUCGCUGGAAACAUCCUGGUCAUCGUGGUCCUCUUCAAAUACAAGAGGCUGAGGAGCAUGACUGAUGUGUACCUGCUAAACCUCGCCAUCUCAGAUUUGCUCUUUGUUUUAUCCUUGCCAUUCUGGUCUUAUUUCACAGUAGACCAAUGGGUUUUUGGAACUCCAUGGUGUAAAAUAAUUUCGUGGAUCUACCUGGUUGGGUUUUACAGUGGGAUAUUUUUUAUUAUGCUUAUGAGCAUAGACAGAUACCUGGCAAUUGUUCGUGCAGUGCUUUCCUUGAAAGCAAGGACCACCUUCCAUGGCUUGAUUACUAGCCUUGCUGUGUGGCUAGUAGCUCUUUCAGCCUCAGUCCCCGAGCUUGUAUUUAGAGAGUCUUUCAAUGAACAUAAUUUUACUACCUGCAAGCCGAGAUUUCCAGGAAAUUUCACAACAUGGAAGCUUUUUUCCACUUUGGAAGUCAACAUUUUAGGGCUCCUAAUCCCUUUUAUAAUUAUGACAUUUUGCUACUCCAUGAUCAUUAAAACAUUAGUUCAUUGUAGAAAUGACAAAAAGAAUAAGGCUGUGAAGAUGAUUUUUGUUGUCAUGAUUGUGUUUUUCUUUUUUUGGACCCCCUACAACAUUGUUAUUUUCUUACAACUGCUGGAAUUUAUGGGAGUCAUUAAAGACUGUCAAGUGAGCAGGAAUCUGGACUACGCUUUCCAGGUAACGGAAAUCCUCGGCCUUUUUCACUGCUGCCUCAACCCAGUCAUCUACUUCUUCAUGGGGGAGAAAUUUAAGAAGUACCUGAAGAUGCUCUUUAAGAACUGGCAGUUACCAGGGUAUUUCUGCAAGUGGUGUGGAGUUCACAUCACUUACCACACUGAAUCUACCAGUUCGUUCCACACACAGUCUACAGGAGACCAAGACGCUCUGUAA